UUCAUCAAUUUUUAUAAAUAUAUCUUCAUGUUUUAAAAAUUUUAUAUAUGAAUAUUGUUGUUUUUCUUAAAUAAAUCCGGAUCCGGAUAUCCGCGAGUACCCGACUAUUAUUCCGGAUACCCGUACCCCGGAUACUCGUAAAUACCAAAUCCCGGAUACAAAUCUCAUAGUUAAAUACCCGAGCCUCCCGGAUCCGAAUCCAAAUCUCUCGAUUUUCCCGGGUAUCCGACCCGUGCCCACCCCUAGUGUGCAACGUUUAACAAGUCGUGAUUGGUUUGGUUGGUCAGUUGGGUUACGAGAUGGACGACACAAAGCUAAACCAUGUUUUCUUGAAAUUCAAAGCUGUGGCUGAACUCAAAAAGAGAGUGACGGACGCAGACCUUGUGGCAUUGGUCUCAGAUGUUGAUACUUGUCGAUCUGAUGAGCCCGCGUGGAAGCUUCUAGAAGUUCAGGUGGUUUGUGGUUCUGGGACAUUGAGUCGAUCAACGGCUAUUGUCACAUUAGUUGAUAAGAAAGGACAAGAACACGUCGCUUGCUCUGUCGGGACUGGACCGAUUGAUUCCGCCUACAAAGCCGUCGACCUCAUCGUUAAAGAAGCUGUUACAUUGUUGGAAUACUCCAUGGAUGGCAUUUCAGAAGGCAUCGACUCCAUUUCAACCAUUCGUGUUUCUAUUCGAAAAAAUUGCCAGUCAACCCAUGAAACCCUUCAAACCUUCGAGGGAAUGGGAGUGGGGACAGAUAUUGUUGUUUCGAGCGUCAAGGCGUACAUUGGAGCAUUGAACAAUAUUAUUAGAAUUUCUAAUAACAAUUUACCAGAAAUAUAUAUAUAUAUAUAUAUAUACACACGUUACAGGUUCUGGGCUAAUGGUCGGCCCAAUUAG